UUUUUUUUGGCUUGACAAGAAGUUCGCGUUCUGCACCUCAUUUAACAUGACAUCCGAUACCGUGAGUCAUUAUGAACUCAAGAGAAAACAACUCAUUGAAGAGAAUCAAAAGUUACUUCAGGAACUGGGCCUGACAGGACCUGACAAUGCCAACCUGGCUUCGGCUGAAAUGAAACAAUUCAAGUCCGAUACCCCUACACCACGUAAAAAACCGAGAAAUGCUUAUAGAGCACCAAAACCUGCAAUACAACAACCUACGCGUUUAUCGAAAAGACUGAAAGGAGAACAGCCAGAUGAUACAGUAGACCUCGAAGCAAUUCUGGAUCAAAAUGACAAGAUGCGUCAAGUCAACGUCGAUCCAAUCAUAUCAGCGAGAAAGAAAGAAGAGGAAUCAUAUGCUCCUGACAGUGUCUCUGCACCUGUAACACUGCUUUCCAUAGGCACAACCAUCUGGGAACUUGGAAGUUUAAAGACGGGCAAAGGCAGAUCCCAAUACUGGAGUGGGCGUGGUUGCCGGUAUAAGCAUCCCUACCCUAUUGGAUUUAAAGCAACCAAAUCUCAUUUCGGAAACGAUUACACCAUGACAAUCGAGGAAGGGAAGCCGAACGAAGGACCUGUGUUCAAAGUAUAUGUCAAUUCAUCCAAAACAGUAUUUACUGGAGGGACGCCGACAGCACCAUGGACAGACGCGUGCAAAAAGAGCAAAUCUCAGGGAACGCGAGUGAGUGGACCAUUGUUUUAUGGGUUUUCGGAUAUCAUUACAAUGCGCAUUAUCGAGAGCAUGGAAGGUUAUAAACUGGCAUCCAAGCCGGAGGAGGAAGAGGGAUGUAGUGUAGAAGAAUAAGAAAAAGUGUCAAGCAAUCUUGUGCAUUGUUUCGAGGCUUUCAAAGUGUGCACGCGCCGCUGCAAUGUUCAUUUGCGUUGCUGCAGGUGCUGUUGUCGAAUAUGUGGUGCGGAAGGGGCAUACUCAAGACGAUUAGCUUUAUUAGUUCUUUCUAGUCUGUAAAUACUAACCAAUAUAUAUAUAUAUAUAUAUAUAUAUAUAUAAACUUACUUAUAUCCGGGUCAGAUAUGAUG